AUGAAGUUAAGGAAGCAGAAGAAGUUAAGGAGGAUGGAGAAGAAGUUAGGGAAGGAGAAAAGGGAAGGAGAAGAAGUUAAGGAUGGAGAAAUAGUUUGGGAUGGGGAAGAAGUGAAGGAAGGAGAAGAGGUUAAGGAAGAAGAAGAAGAAGAAGAAGUUUGGGAUGGAGAAGAAGUUAAGGAGGGAGAAAUGAUCAUGGAUGGAGAAGAAGUUAAGGAAGGAGAAGAAAUUAGGGAUGAUGAGGAAGGAAGUAAGGAUGGAGAAGAAGAAGUUAUGGAUGGAGAAGAUGUUAAGGAAGGAGAACAAACUAAGGAAGGAGAAGAAGUUAGGGAAAGAGAAGAAGUUUGGGAUGGAGAAGAAGUUAAGGAUGGAGAAGAAGUUUGGGAUGGAGGAGAAGAAUCGAAGUAUGGAGCAGAAAUUAAGGAAGAAGAAGUUUAG